GUUCAUACUCACCUACCGAGGCGUGGAUUAUGGAACCGUAUAAAAGGUCCAAGUCCACCUCCCCUCCCCCAUCGUCUCCCCCGGUUUCUUUUUCUUCAGAAUUCUCUCCCAACCAGAAAAGUCUUUUAUUUUUCACAACCACUCCGAUUCCAUCAACCAAGCGCCAUGCGGAAGAAUUCUCCAUCUAAUUCGAAGAAGAAGAUCCGGAUCCCCAGCUGCUUAAUCUGCCAGACUCCCUAUGACGAGGACUCCCACGCCCCUCUCUUGCUCCAAUGCGGUCACUGCUUCUGCAAAAUCUGCCUCUCCCGCAUCGUCCCUCCUUCCUCUUCCUCUUCCUCUUCCUCCUACUCCGCCCCUCCCAAACCCACCCUCCUUUGCCCCAAAUGCCGCCACCCAUCCACCGUUGGCAAUUCCGUCCUCUCCCUACCCAAGAACUACUCCCUCUUUCCCAUUCUCUCUGACGAAGAUGACUUAAGCGAGGAGGAAGACGACGGAUCGGAAUCGGAAUCUGCACCGCCUCUUCCUCGUAGCCCGCGCUGUCGAAGUGGGGGCACCGGAUUGGGCAGGAGUCUGUGUUUGGAUCACGAGAUGAGGUUGAUCAAGAGGAUCGGGGAGGGGGCUGGGGGAGUCAGAGCGGAGAGGUGGUCGGGGGAGCUAAGGGCUUUGAGGUGUAGGCACAAGGUGAUGGUUAAGUUGGUGGAGAUUGGGGACGUGGCGGACAGUGAUUGGGUGGAAGGGGAGCUCGAGAAGCUUCGGCUUUCCUCGACGUGGUGCAGGAACGUUUGCGCGUUUCAUGGGGUGGUAAAGCAGGGCGAUCGUUUGUGCCUCGUCAUGGAGAGGUGUUACGGUUCGGUUCAGUCCGAGAUGCGGCGCAGUGGUGGCCGCCUCACUCUCGAGCAAAUCCUUAGAUAUGGGGCAGACAUUGCACGUGGAGUGGCCGAACUCCAUGCAGCUGGAGUAGUAUGCAUGAACCUGAAGCCAUCCAAUUUCGUCCUGGAUUCAAAUGGCUGUGCAGUGGUUUCUGAUUAUGGGCUUCCAAUAAUCCUGAAGAAACCUUCUUGCCGAAAAGCUCGACCUGGUCCAGAGGCUGAUUGCUCAAAAAUGCACUGGUGCAUUGAUUGUACAUCGCUGAGUCCACAUUACACAGCUCCAGAAACUUGGGAGCCUUUAAAGAAGCCACUACACUUAUUCAGGGAUGAUGUGAAUUAUAUAUCAGCAGCGUCAGAUGCCUGGAGUUUUGGUUGUGCCCUAGUUGAAAUGUGCACUGGUUCCAUUCCAUGGGAUGGUUUAAGUGCAGACGAAAUCUAUCGUGCUGUUGUCAAGGAUGGAAGACCACCUCUACAGUAUUCAAGUGUUGUAGGUGUUGGGAUCCCUAGAGAUUUGUGGAAAAUGAUUGGAGAGUGCUUACAGUGCAAGUCAUCAAGAAGACCAAAUUUUAAUGCAAUGCUUGCUAUAUUUCUUCGCCAUUUGCAACGAAUACCUCACAGUCCCACAAGUUCAAAUAAUGAACUGGCUAAUGGUUCUGGAAUAGAUCUGUUGGAACGAUCCCCUACAUCUGUGCUGGACAUUUCCCUUCUUAAAAGCAACUAUCUGCAUCAACUUGUGUCUGAAGGGAAUCUGAAUGGUGUUAGGGAUCUGCUUGCCAAGUCUGCAUUGGGGAACAAUAGCAGCUCAAUCAUUUCUCUGUUGGAAGCACAUAACGCUGAGGGUCAAACCGCUCUGCACUUGGCCUGUAGACGGGGUUGCCCGGAGAUAGUUGAUGCUAUCUUGGAGUAUGGUAGUGUUGAUGUGGAUGUCCCAGAUGAAAAUGGGAAUCCUCCAAUAGUGUUUGCUUUAGCAGUUGGGUCCUCUGAAUGUGUACGUGCUCUAAUCAGAAAAUCAGCUAAUGUCUUAUCUAGAUCAAUGGAAGGCUUGGGUCGAUCUGCUGCUCAUAUUUGUGCAUUUUAUGGGCAACCUGUUUGUAUGCGUGAGUUACUGUUGGCGGGAGCUGAUCCCACUGCAGUGGAUGCUGAUGGUGAAACUAUACUGCAUAUCGCCGUUGCCAAGAAAUUCACUGAGUGUGCUAUUGUAGUGCUGGAAAAUGGGGGCUGUAAAUCAAUGGGUGUCCUAAGUUCAAAAGAUCUUACUCCUCUGCAUUUGUGUAUAUCAACUUUAAAUGUUGCUAUAGUUAAGAGGUGGGCAGAAAUUGCAUCACCCAAAGAAAUUUCUGAAGCUAUUGACAUACCAAGUUCAGCUGGAACUGCACUAUGUAUGGCAGCUGCUAUAAAGAAAGAUCGUGAGACAGAGGGUAGAGAGCUGGUGAGAAUACUGCUUGCAGCUGGAGCAAGCCCAACUGCCCAAGAUACACAACAAUUUAGAACGGCUUUGCAUACAGCUGCCAUGGCCAAUGAUGUUGAGUUGGUUAAGAUCAUUCUUGAUGCUGGAGUCGAUGUGAACAUCAGGAAUGUGAACAAUACGAUACCACUUCAUUUGGCAUUGGCAAAGGGUGCAAAACCUUGUGUUGAAUUACUAUUAUCUGCUGGAGCAGAUUGCAAUAUGCAGGAUGAUGAUGGUGACAAUGCUUUUCAUAUAGCUGCUGAUGCAGCAAAGUAUAUACGGGAAUGUCUUGAGUGCAUCGUAGUUAUGCUGCAGUAUCCAGGUGCUGCCCUUGAAGUAAGGAACCACAGUGGUAAGACACUGCGUGACUUACUGGAAGCCCUACCACGAGAAUGGAUUUCUGAAGAUCUUAUGGAAGCACUUAUGAGAAAGGGACUUCAUCUGUCUCCAACAAUAUUUGAAGUGGGGGAUUGGGUGAAAUUUAAACGAAGUGUGACAACCCCCGUAAAUGGCUGGCGAGGUGCAAGGCAUGGGAGUGUUGGUUUUGUACAAAGUGUCCAAGACGGCAACAUCCUUGUUGUAUCAUUUUGCACUGGAGUAGCUCGUGUCUUGGUCAAUGAAGUUAUAAAAGUCAUCCCUUUGGAUAGAGGACAACUCGUGCAACUUAAGGCUGCCAUUGAAAAGCCAAGGUAUGACUUGCGUGGACAAUCACGUGACAGCAUUGGAACUGUCCUGUGUAUUGAUGAUGAUGAUGGAAUCAUACGAAUUGGAUUUACUGGUGCAUCUAGGGGAUGGCAGGCUGACCCUGCAGAUUUUGAAAGGGUUGAACAGUUCAAGGUUGGUGACUGGGUUCGAGUUUGCCACAAUCUGCACACAGCAAAGCAUGGUUUUGGUGCUGUCAUCCCUGGUAGUAUUGGGAUAGUUUAUGGUAUUAGACCUGAUUGUAGUCUUCUGAUAGAAUUUAGCUACUUACCAAGCCCAUGGCUUUGUGAACCAGAGGAAUUGGAGCCGUUCAUCCCAUUCAGGAUUGGUGACCAAGUAUGUGUAAAGAGAUCUGUUUCAGAACCCAGAUUUCCUUGGGAUGGUGAGACGCAUCAUAGUGUUGGAAAAAUAAGCGACAUAGAGAGUAAUGGUCUUCUGAUAAUUGAUAUACCAAAACGGCACAUACCAUGGAGGGCUGAUCCUUCAGACAUGGAAAAGGUGGAGAAUUUUAAGGUUGGUGAUUGGGUUAGAGUUAAAGCUUCAGUACCCUCUCCAAAAUAUGGGUGGGAAGAUGUCACCAGGGACAGUAUAGGAAUAAUUCAUAGCUUGGUGGAGGAUGGUGAUAUGGCCAUUUCAUUCUGUUUCAGGAGCAAAACUUUCUCUUGCUCCAUGACAGAUAUGGAGAAGGUUUCACCUUUUCAAGCUGGAGAAGAGAUCCGAGUGAUGCCAUCUAUCAAUGAGCCAUUACUUGGGUGGUCAAAUGAAACUCCAUCUACCUCAGGGAAAAUCACAAGGAUUGACAUGGAUGGGACCCUUAAUGUGAGAGUUGCUGGCAGAGUGAGCUUGUGGAAAGUUGCUCCCGGUGAUGCAGAAAGGUUAUCGGGAUUGGCAGUUGGUGACUGGGUUCGGUUGAAGCAAUGUAUGGGAACAAGACCAGUUUAUGAAUGGAAUACCGUUGGGAAAGACAAUAAGUUCAAUUCUUCCAUAGCAGUAGUUCACAGCUUACAGGAUUACUCUUAUUUAGAGUUGGUUAGUUGUUUUCGUAAGGGUAAAUUCAUUGCUCACUGCACAGAAGUUGAAAAAGUUGCUCAGAUAAAAAUUGGGCAGCAUGUUCGGUUCCGUGCUGGAUUGACAGAACCAAGAUGGGGGUGGAGAGAUGCUUGCCCCAGUUCAAGAGGUGUUGUAACUGCUGUAAGUGCUAAUGGAGAAAUAAGAGUUUCAUUCUUCAAUUUGUCAGCUUAUUGGAGAGGAGAUCCUGCAGAUUUUGAGGUAGAGGAGAUGUUUGAGGUUGGAGAAUGGGUAAGAUUAAAUAAUGAUGCCACUGAAUGGAAAUCCUUGCAACCUGGAAGCAUUGGUGUUGUACAAGGAAUAGGGUAUAAAGGAGAUGGGUGGGAUGGCACCAUCCUUGUUGGGUUCUGUGGAGAGUCGGAAUUAUGGACAGGGCAUGUUUCCGAGCUAGAAAGAGUGGAUAGGUUUGCAACUGGGCAACGGGUGAGGGUGAAAUCCACUAUAAAAGAUCCGCGAUUUGGGUGGUCAGGUUACACACAUGCUAGCAUCGUUUCUCUAACAGCAGUUGAUGCAGAUGGAAAACUAAGGACAUACACUCCUAAUGUCUUGAAGGCAUGGAUGCUUGAUCCAUCAGAAGUGGAGCUGGUGGAGGAAGAGAUGUUAAAAGUUGGAGAUUGGGUAAGGGUCAAAUCAUCUGUGGUGACACCGGUUUAUCAUUGGGGAGAAGUGACUCCCAAAAGUGUUGGUGUGGUUCAUCGCUUGGAGGAAGGGGAACUUUGGCUGUCGUUUUGCUUUAUGGAGUCCCUCUGGAUAUGCAAGGAAUAUGAGGUGGAGAGGACGAGAGCAUUUGAGGUAGGUGACAUGGUCAGAUUUAGGGAAGGAUUAGUGACACCUAGGUGGGGAUGGGGAAUGGAGACACAUGCUAGCAGGGGACAGGUAGUUGGAGUGGAUGCUAAUGGGAAGCUAAGAGUUAAGUUUAAAUGGAGAGAAGGCCGGCCCUGGAUUGGAGACCCUGCUGAUAUUGUUCUUGACGAAUUUCUCUAGAGGGGGGGAUUCAAUGGAAACUUAAACCAUAUGUUGGCUAAAACCGAGGAUGUUUUAGUUUGGAGAUGCUGAUUUUGCCUCAUCAUGCUAUAGAGCAAUACAAAGAUGGAUUCGAAAUCACUGCCACAUAAGUAGCGCAUUAGCGGCAAAGUUCAUCCUGCCUUGAUGAUAUAGAUGCCAGUCCAGGUCAUUAUAUUUUUAUUUAAUGAUAAUAGAUGAGGUUGAUCAUGAAACAACAGGGCGGGCGGUGCCUGUUACGUGGGCUGAAUUACCUUGUCUAGAUUUAUCUAUCAUUAGAUAUUCUGUAGAUUAUCUGAUUUGUAGGUGUGGAAGAGCAUAGUUGAAUAGUUUUUUGUAAAUAUCCACUACACAGAUAAUGAGUAUUGUAGAUGCUAAUUCAUUUCAAUAAAAUUGUUCUGGUUUUUCCUUC